AUGAAGGGCUGCAAUAUUCGAGAGGGACAGGGGAAGAAACUUUUUAGUUUUCCUAAAGAUCCCGAGAGACGUUUUAUUUGGGUGUCGCGGACUGGACGGAGAUUCUGGCAACCUACAGUCUGUAGCUGCAUUUGUGAGGAUCACUUUGCCGCAUCACAGUGGGAGAUAGUGCGUGCAGAUGGAUCCAGGGUGCUACGGCAUCUUGCAGUACCUACGACAUCUUUGCCUGUAGAAAAUACCUUCCAAAAUCUCACCGCACAAAUAAACCGCUUAUCUGAUGACCACAGCUACGCCUCAAAUCAGCCUAAGCUAUCAAAACCUAUUCAAGCUGCAAAAAGCCAAAUAAUAGCCAGAACAAGCAACAUUGCAGUGGAGAGUGUGCGACAGGAUGCUAACCAAGAUGAUCUUGACCCAUUAUCUAUUUUGGCCAACAUCUGUGCUACCUAUGAAGCGGUUCAUAUACCGCAAGUUCAUUCUCCAUCUACCGCAAGUACAACAAUAAUUCAAGAUCAGGUGAAAAAUAAGAAGGAAGAAAUAGAAGCUUUACAAAUUCAAGAAUUACAAAAUCUGAUAAAAAAGCAAAAGGAAGAAAUAGAAGCUUUAAAACACGACAACAAGCUUUUUUUAUUUUUUUAUUGGUACUCUGUCUGUGAUUUGUUUUUGAGUCCAAUGUAUGACACAUGUGAUAUAGAGAAUAGGUCUCUAAUGUGAUAAUGUAUAACAUAAAUAAAAGUUUGGAGGUGAAUAAAAAUUAAUAAUGCA